AUGGCGCCGUCUCGAGCAGAACGACUGGCCCAGUUGCGCGCUCUGCGUAAGGCGGGCAAGACUGCAUUCGACGACUACGAGGUGCAGGAGGCCGAAUCGAUAUACGAGACUGUCGACGAUGAGGGGUACAAGAAGGUGGUCAGGAGUCGAUUGGAUCAAGAUGACUUCGUGGUGGACGACAAUGGCGAGGGUUAUGCCGACGACGGACGCGAAGACUGGCAGGAUGAACGACAGCCCAUGGACGACAGCGAGAGUGACGACGAUUUGCCCAGAAACAGCAAGGCCGCCAAGCGAAAGCGUGAAGAGGAUGCCGAGCGACAGGAGAAGCUCACCAAGGGCAUCAGCAAAUACUUCAACCAGAAAACGAACAAUGCCGCCCCAAAGCCGAAGCCAGUACGAACGAGAGAAGAUGACGACUUUAUGGCCGAUCUCCUCGGCGAAGUCGAUGCGAACGUACAGUCACGAGCACCGUCCUAUGGCAAGGCCAUCAAGAGCAACGACCGUCGAAAGACGAGAGUGCUUUCGCCUCCCCUAGAAGAUCGAGAACCUGUGAGACAUAGCCAAAACAAGCCCGCCGCUGCGCCUGUCGAUUCUUCUCCCCCAGCAAUGAUUGCGAAUGACGAUGACGGAUAUGUCGUGCCCCAAGAUGACGAUGUGCCAAUGAUGAGUGACCCACUGCCUUCUUCUCCUGCUGCAAAGGCGGUAGAGCGCAAAGAGCAGUCCACCAUCAAGGCUGAGGAGGCAGAAGAGGAGGACUUAAUGGAAAUCGCUGAAGUCAACGCUGGCUCUAAACUGAAGAGCGCAAAUGUCAACAUUCGUGGCAGCCGGCCCGCGCCAAAGCUCGCAAAACCGGCCUACCCUACGCCAGACAGCUCUUCGCCUUCGAGAACGCCCGCAGAAGACGUUGAUAUGACCGCUAUCAACAACGUCGCUUCAAAGCUCAACAUUCUCAGCAGCCCAGCACAGGAAACUGUCUCUGCUGGCAAGUUGGAUUCGAGAGAUGCUCUCGAGGAUGACGGCUCGCUGCGCUUCUUCUGGACCGACUACACCGAAGUCAAUGGCAGUCUCUGUCUUUUCGGAAAAGUCAAGAACCGAAGGAUGGGCGGAUAUGUAUCCUGCUUCGUCAAGGUCGACAACAUCCUGCGCAAGCUCUACUUCCUUCCGCGAGAACACCGCCAGAAAGGUGGCAAGGACACGACCGAAGAGAUCGACUUCUCAGAUGUGUAUCAGGAAGUCGAUCAGCUGAUGACGAGAAACAAAGUGGCGAUGCACAAGAUCAAGGCUUCGACACGCAAGUAUGCCUUUGAGCUUCCUGGCAUUCCCAAGGAAGCUGAAUACUUGAAGCUGCUUUACCCAUAUGACAAGCCCGCCAUUUCUACUGACUACCGGGGCGAGACCUUUUCGCACGUGUUCGGCACCAAUACAGCUUUAUUCGAGCAGUUCGUGCUCUGGAAGAACAUCAUGGGUCCUUGCUGGCUCAGCAUCGAAGGCGCAGACUUCAACGCGGUCAACAAUGCAUCUUGGUGCAAGCUCGAAUUGCAGGUCAGCAGGCCUAAGGGUAUCACCACUCUCGGCGAAUCAGACAACCUCGAGGCUCCUCCUCUGACCAUGAUGUCAAUGUCUCUCAGGACCACUUUCAACGCAAAGGAGAACAAGAACGAGAUUCUGGUUGCGAGCUUGCGCUUCUAUGAGAACAUCUCCUUGACGGACACGACCCCUGCAGAGCAGCUUCCUAGCAGACUCUUCACCGUUAUGCGACCGCUCGAAAAGGAUUAUCCGCAAGCGUUCAAGGCGCUCGUAGAACAACAAAAGCAUCAGAUUAAGCUGGAGCGGAGCGAGCAGGGCCUUCUCUCUAUGCUUCUUGCCAUCAUUCAGCGACACGAUCCGGAUGCUAUCAUUGGCCACAAGCUGGACGAUGUAGACUUUGGAAUCCUGCUCAGCCGCAUGCGUGAUCGUAAAACUCCUGGCUGGCACCGUAUCGGCAGGAUGAAGCGUGGCGACUGGCCCAAGAACGUUGGCAAAGGUGGCGGCAGCUUCUUCGCCGAACGACAUCUCGCGGCUGGACGUCUCCUGUGCGAUCUCGCCAACGAUAUGGGUAAGAGCAUCAUGACUGCAUGUCAAUCCUGGAGUCUGGAUGAAAUGGUCUCUCUAUAUCUCGGCGGCAACUACAUGCGCAAGGAUAUCGACAACGACAAAGCACUGUCCAUGGCCACGUCAAAGGAAGGCUUGAUGAACUAUGUCAAGAUGUGCGAGAUCGAUACCUUCUACACCGCUGCUCUUGCUUUCAAGAGACAGCUUCUGCCACUGACCAAGGUGCUUACGAAUUUGGCGGGUAACUCAUGGGCUCGAACAUUGAGCGGUACGCGAUCAGAGCGAAACGAGUACAUUCUACUUCACGAAUUUUAUCGAAACAAAUACAUCUGUCCGGACAAAGUAUGGGGCAAAGGUGCUCUCAAGAAGACGGAAGAAGCUGAUGCCGAAGGCGAAGAGGGCGCUGACGCCAAGAAGAAAGACAAGUUCAAAGGAGGGCUCGUCUUCGAGCCAGAGAAGGGGCUUUACGACAAGUUCAUCCUGGUCAUGGACUUCAACUCGCUAUAUCCUUCUCUCAUUCAAGAGUACAACAUUUGCUUUACCACUGUCGACCGAAGCGAUUUCGCCGAGGAAGAUGAUCGCGUUCCUGAGGUUCCGGAAGAUACCUCUAACAAAGGUAUUCUCCCAAGACUUAUUCGAACCCUGGUCAGCCGGCGACGAGAGGUGAAGAAGCUCAUGAAGGACAAGAGCGCCACUGAAGACCAACUUGCAACCUGGGAUGUCAAGCAGAUGGCCUUGAAGCUCACAGCAAACUCCAUGUAUGGUUGUCUGGGUUACACCAAAUCUCGAUUCUACGCCAGACCUCUCGCUGCCCUGACUACCUCGAAGGGUCGUGAAGUCCUGCAAGCGACGAAAGAUCUUGCAGAAUCAGCACAUGCUCUCCGUGUCAUCUACGGUGAUACCGAUUCCGUCAUGGUCAACACCAAUGUCGACAACAUCCUCGAUGCAUUGAAGAUGGGCAAGGAAUUCCAGAAGAGCGUGAACGAGCGGUACGAGCUGCUUGAAAUCGAGAUCGAUCACAUCUUCAGGCGUCUGCUUCUGCAUGCCAAGAAGAAGUACGCCGCGAUCCAGAUGGUUGACACUGGCGACAACACCUGGAAAGAGAAGCUCGAUGUUAAAGGCUUGGAUAUGAAGCGAAGAGAGUACUGCCAGCUGUCCAAGGAAACCUCAAAGGAGUUGCUCAAUCACCUUCUUUCUGGAGAGGAACCGGAAGUCGUCGUCUCAAAAAUUCACGAUCAUCUUCGUCAACUUGGUGAGAAGAUGCGCAACAAGGAGAUUCCAGUGCACAAGUACACAAUAUACACGCAGCUCGGCAAGAACCCCAAAGACUAUCCCAAUGGUAGCACGAUGCCGGCAGUGCAAGUUGCUCUGAAGCGCAUGGCCAAGGGCAAACAAGUCCAUGCAAAGGAUGUGAUGUCCUUUGUCAUUUGUGGUGACAGCGAAGGCAAGCAGGAACACGCAGCCAAGAAUGCUUACGACCUCGAGGAUGUGCUUGCCAAGGACAGCGGACUGGCGCCGGAUGUUGACUACUACCUCCACAAGCAGAUCCUGCCGCCGGUCGAGCGUCUCUGCGCGCCUAUCAGUGGCACGAAUGUAACAUUGCUGGCGGAAUGUCUUGGCCUGGACACCAGCAAGUAUCGUGUCUCUGGUGCUGCUAAGUCCUCGGAGCAGAGCAACGAAAUCACUCGUUUGGAGUCUCAGAUCCCAGAUCACGUUCGAUACAAGGAUUGCGAGCCCUUGGAUCUCUUGUGUCUGGGCUGCAAGCAGCACUUUGAGUACCGUGGCAUGAACUACGAAGCAGAUCCUGCGGAGACGCCUAUCACACCUAUCGGCACACUGACUAACGAUGGCAUCGCAUGUCCAAGAGCAGAAUGCAAGAAGCGCAUGGCAACACUCUCCCUGACAGCGCAGCUGGAAACUCAGAUUCGACGGCAUACUGCCAGGUAUUACUCUGCCUGGCUGAAGUGCGACGAGCCAACCUGCGGUAUCCGGACUCGUCAAAUCUCUGUCUAUGGACAUAGAUGUCUUGGACCCAAAGGCCUUGCAUACGGCUGCUCAGGGCGCAUGUCUUUCGAAUACAGCGAGAAGGCCUUGUAUAAUCAGCUGCUGUAUCUGCAGUCGAUCUUUGAUGUCGACAAGUCUUUGGAGAAGAUGGGUGCCGGCGGACUUGUGAAGCCUGAGUAUGAAUUGAAGGAGAAGGCGAAAGUGCUAGCGGGUAUGAACAGAGACCGCUUCGCGGUAUGUUGGGAUGUGGUCAAGGCGUAUUUGGAUAAAUCUGGAUGGGGUUGGGUCAGUAUGGACUCAUUGUUUGGAUUUGCGAUGAAGCAGGUUGCAUAG